CGGGGAGGACGCAGACCCGGGCAGGCGGCAGGGAUGUCGGCGAAGGAGAGGCCAAAGGGCAAAGUGAUCAAGGACAGCGUGACCCUCCUGCCCUGCUUUUAUUUCGUGGAGUUGCCUAUAUUGGCAUCAUCGGUGGUUAGCCUGUAUUUCCUUGAGCUCACGGAUGUCUUCAAACCUGUGCACUCUGGCUUCAGCUGCUAUGACCGCAGCCUUAGCAUGCCGUACAUUGAACCCACCCAGGAGGCAAUUCCAUUUCUCAUGCUGCUUAGCUUGGCUUUUGCCGGACCUGCAAUUACGAUUAUGGUAGGGGAAGGAAUUCUCUACUGUUGCCUGUCCAAAAGAAGGAAUGGGGUUGGCCUGGAGCCCAACAUUAAUGCUGGAGGCUGCAACUUCAACUCUUUCCUUAGAAGAGCCGUCAGAUUCGUUGGUGUUCAUGUGUUUGGGCUCUGCUCUACAGCUCUCAUCACAGAUAUCAUCCAGCUGUCCACAGGCUAUCAGGCACCAUAUUUUCUGACCGUGUGCAAGCCAAACUAUACCUCUCUGAAUGUGUCUUGCAAAGAGAAUUCCUACAUUGUAGAAGAUAUUUGCUCAGGAUCUGACCUUACAGUUAUCAACAGCGGCAGAAAAUCAUUCCCUUCUCAACAUGCGACCCUUGCUGCCUUUGCAGCUGUGUACGUUUCGAUGUACUUCAAUUCCACACUAACGGAUUCCUCUAAGCUUCUGAAACCUCUCUUGGUCUUCACCUUUAUCAUCUGUGGAAUCAUCUGUGGGCUAACACGGAUAACUCAGUAUAAGAACCACCCAGUUGAUGUCUAUUGUGGCUUUUUAAUAGGAGGAGGAAUUGCUCUGUACUUGGGUCUGUAUGCUGUGGGGAAUUUUCUGCCUAGUGAAGAGAGUGUGUUUCAGCACCGAGAAGCCCUCAGGUCUCUGACAGACCUCAAUCAAGACCCCAGCCGAGUUUUAUCCGCUAAAAAUGGUAGCAGCAGUGACGGAAUUGCUCACACGGAAGGCAUCCUCAACCGAAACCAUAGGGAUGCUAGCUCGCUGACAAACCUCAAAAGGGCAAAUGCUGAUGUAGAAAUCAUCACCCCGCGGAGCCCCAUGGGGAAGGAGAACAUGGUUACCUUCAGCAAUACCUUGCCUAGAGCCAAUACCCCAUCCGUGGAAGACCCUGUGAGAAGAAACGCCACCAUUCAUGCCUCUAUGGAUUCUGCUAGAUCCAAGCAGCUCCUCACCCAGUGGAAGAAUAAGAAUGAAAGUCGGAAGCUGUCUCUGCAGGUUAUAGAGACUGAGCCUGGACAGUCACCACCCAGAACCAUUGAAAUGAGAUCAAGCUCCGAGCCGUCAAGGGUGGGGGUCAAUGGAGACCACCAUGGUCCCGGCAACCAGUAUCUCAAGAUCCAGCCAGGCACCGUCCCCGGUUGUAACAACAGCAUGCCUGGGGGACCGAGAGUGUCCAUUCAGUCCCGCCCCGGGUCCUCACAGUUAGUGCACAUCCCUGAGGAGACGCAGGAAAACAUAAGCACCUCCCCCAAAAGCAGCUCUGCUCGGGCCAAGUGGUUGAAAGCUGCUGAAAAGACUGUGGCCUGUAACAGAAGCAACAGCCAGCCUCGAAUCAUGCAAGUCAUAGCCAUGUCCAAGCAGCAGGGCGUCCUCCAAAGCAGCCCCAAGAACACCGAAGGCAGUACGGUCUCCUGCACCGGCUCCAUCCGCUACAAAACCUUGACAGAUCACGAACCCAGUGGGAUCGUGAGGGUUGAGGCUCACCCAGAGAACAACAGGCCCAUCAUACAGAUCCCGUCCACCGAAGGCGAAGGCAGUGGCUCCUGGAAAUGGAAAGCCCCUGAAAAGGGCAGCCUACGCCAGACUUAUGAGCUCAACGAUCUCAACAGGGACUCAGAAAGCUGCGAGUCCCUGAAGGACAGUUUUGGUUCUGGAGAUCGGAAGAGAAGCAACAUCGAUAACAGCGAGCAUCACCACCAUGGAAUCACCACCAUCCGCGUCACCCCGGUAGAGGGCAGCGAAAUGGGCUCAGAGACCCUGUCCGUCUCUUCCUCCCGUGACUCCACCCUGAGGAGAAAGGGCAACAUCAUCUUAAUCCCUGAAAGAAGCAACAGCCCCGAAAACACGAGGAAUAUCUUCUACAAAGGCACCUCCCCGACACGGGCUUAUAAGGAUUGA